CAUAAUUGCCCAUGCCACGUGGCAAAAUUCCAUCAAAAGCCACCCCGUACGAAGCUAGCACCCCACUUCGUUUUCUUCCCGCUCACUCUACAACGGUUUCUUGUUCCUCUACGUUUCUAGGAUACUCCGCCACUUUGUUUCUUUGCUUAUUCUAAAGUUUAGAAUAAAGAGAAAAAUCCAUUUCCUAAUGAGACCCAAGAUCAAUCUCAGCCGUCCGAUCAUUCCCUUUCCUUGUCUAGUAGUACUACUACUCCUCCUCUCGCUGCCUCACCACAGUGCCAAUGCACAGUCAGGCACAAAUUCAACAGUCACUCCGCCCACCGACGUGAAUUUUGACCAUCCCGCGGCGCUGAUCAUCGUGUUCAUCGUGUGGGCUUCCUUCUUCGUGGCUUUCUUUUGCGUCUUCCUCACUGAUUGCGUAGACACAGGCGCCGGUCCAGUAAUUUCCGCGAACCGGUCUAGUAACUGUGGCCUAGACCGGGCCGUGAUCGAGGCCUUCCCGAUCUUCGAGUUUAAAAAUCUCAGAACCGUGAAAGUAACAGCAACAACGCUCGAGUGCGCGGUGUGCUUGGGCGAGUUCGAAGACCACGAAACGCUGCGUUUGUUGCCCAAGUGCAGCCACGCGUUCCAUCCCGAUUGCAUCGACGCUUGGCUAGCUUCUCACGCGACGUGUCCGGUUUGCAGAGCUAAGCUUACGAAGAAUGAUACUACUACUACUACUGCGGCUACUACUACAACAACAGUGGAAUCAACCGAGUCGACUCAGGAAACUGGUGGGGUCCAAAACGAGCACGUUGUGAUCAACGUCGACGACGACGACCCACCGAGGGGGAAAUUCUUGAGGUCGCACUCGACGGGUCACUCGCUGAGUCAACCCGGCGUAGAGAUUAACACGGAGAGGUACACCCUGAUAUUGCCAGAGGAGGUGACGAAGCAAAAGCUCAGGCGCUCGAGUAGUUACGACGUCGUUUUCUGCGCAGUAGAGAGCUUGAGAUACACACCGCCGUUUGUUUCUAUUGGGGGUUCCGGUAAGUUAACGGGCGGUGAAGGAAGCGCAAAGGGAUUCUUCACGUCCGUUAAGUGGCCGUUACAUCGACUUAGUGUAAAGGCUGGGGGACCCGAAGAUUUGUCGGCUACGUCUCCGGUUUGAUUGUGAAUGAAAAUUGUAGGCUAGUAAAAACUAUUGUGUUCAUUCUACUUUACUCAUAGUUAUCACUCACUUUGUUAAUUCAUCUUUUUAAAUUAUACAUUGACAAAUUCAAUUUGCCAUUGCCAAAUUCUUAU